GAUGUUCAGAGCAGAACCUCCAGCACCAAACCCAGAACUUCCCUCUGCUCUCAGCUGGAGGGGCGGGGCUUGAUGGGGAGGUGGAGCUUUUGCACAACAAUUUCUCACGUGUUGCAUCUGCGAGGAAGUCUGCUAGAAUUUCUAACAGGAUAGCAUAGGACCGGACCACAGGGCAGGUGAGCAUGUCGUCCGUGACCGUGGAGUGUGUGGUGAAGACAGCUGCUCUGAUUGGUGAAGGGCCUGUGUGGGAGGAGUCAGAGCAGAAGCUGCUGUUUGUGGACAUCGCAGGAGAGAAGAUCCACCGCUGGAGUUCAACCACCAACCAGAUCCAGUCAGUCCAGACAGGCAACACGGUUGGCUUCGCAGUUCCUCGCAAAUCGGGCGGGUACGUCGCUGGGAUUGGCCGCAGCAUCGUGGCUGUGGAUUGGUCCUCUCAGAUGAUGACACCGCUGGCUAAUGUCGAUGAAGACAAACCAAACACAAGACUCAAUGAUGGCAAAGUUGAUCCAGCGGGACGGCUGCUGGCAGGUACAAUGGCGAAGGAGAAGCCGGACGUCCAGCUCGAGAAGAAACAAGGAUCUCUGUACUCUGUGAACUCUGACCUUGCAGUGACCAAACUUCUCAGCCAGGUAGACAUUUCCAACGGGCUGGAGUGGUCUCUGGAUCAAAGAACAUUCUUCUACAUUGACAGUUUGUCUCUGACUGUUGAUGCCUAUGACUACGAGCCAAACAGUGGAUCUCUGGCUAACCGGCGUGUGGUGCAUCAAAUGAAGGAGGGGGAGGGGCUUCCUGACGGGAUGGCCAUUGAUACUGACGGCCGUCUCUGGGUUGCUUGUUAUAAUGGAGGAAAAGUGAUCAACAUUGACCCCACCACUGGUGUACGUCUGCAGACCAUCUCUCUGCCAGUGACAAAGGUCACUUCCUGCUGUUUUGGAGGUCAAGACUUUUCUGACCUGUUUGUGACCUCUGCCAGUCUGGGCCUCGACCAAUCAGAACAGAGCCAGCAGCCGCUGGCAGGUAACACCUUCAGGGUGAGAGGACUUGGGGUUAAAGGUCAACCAUCAAAGUCAUUCUUAGGAUAAUGCUCAGAAGGUGGAGACCCAUCCGGGAAACCGAGCAGCUGUUGGAGCAAAUCAAACACAAACAGAAUCCUCUUUAAUCUCAUCAGCUGGUUAGAAAUAAGAAAACUAAAUCAUCUGACUCACUGGAAAUAAAGUCUACCUUAAAUAAAGUCUACCUUAAGUUGUCAGUUCA